CAUGCGCAAUAAAACUGUUUAAUGUAGCUCUGAUGAGCCUGGUUCUAACUUGGCCUCGCCAAAGGCCUGUUAGCGACGAAUUUUAUCUGGAUAUUCGGUUUUAAAAUAAGCAAUAAGAAUGUCUCAUCACCGGUGCUAUGUAUAGACGUAUUUUGUAACCUCUGAUGUUCGUUAAUUUAAGCGUAAUCUGUGAUAGUGCAAUUUCCAGGGUAAGCCUUGGGAAAGUCGCCAUUUCAAUUUUCAUUCCGAAAGCUUCAUCCCAAAGACUGUAUAUCAUCUUGCCUUAGAUUUCGUCAUUUUGUGUGUAAUAUUUGUUGUUGCCAAACUGAAACUUCACACUGCCUCAUAGGUUAAAAUCUCAAAUAUCAUAAAGUCAUACUUCAGUAUCUUGUAUAUUCAGCUUUUAAGAGAUUAUCUUGCUGCCAUAGGUUGUGUUGUGAUUGAUUGUGACUUCUCAUGGUGUGUGAUAAAUAGCCAAACGGAUUGUUACCUCAUAAUCUUUGACCACAAAUUUUCUAAUGAAAAAUACUAAAGAAACACCAGUGGAGAAUAAAGAGAAAGUGUGUUGUGAAUCAUUCCUAAGGUACACAACACAGUAGUGCAUAUACCAGUGCAACGAAUUAAGAUUUGGUUUAAUAAAGUGCCAAAGUACAAAUGCAAUCUGCAUUGAAGAAACCAACUUUGCCUGCUGCGACCCCUGGUAAUGUGAGUAAUUGGAAUGCCAGCAGUAGUUGGGGAUCAGGGGGAAGUGGGGGCGGAGGAGGUGGAGGGGAAAAUGAAGAUGAUGGGGGCUGGAGUCAGGGACCACCAGCCUCUGGAAGUGGAUGGACCAGUAAGAGUGGAGCAGCAUCAAAUGGUUCCAGCCAUAAUCUACUAGACUGGCCAAAUUUUGCAACAGAAGCUGGCUCUGAUUGGCAAAGUCCCACAUCUCAAAGUAUAAUAGUGGACAGGAAUGAUAAGGAGGCAUGGCCAUCCAUUGGAGGUGAUCAUUCUGAAACAACAUCUGAAAAUGACAAUGUCUCUGUCAAAUCAGAAUCUGUGAUAUCUGUUAGUAGCUUUGGCCAAGAGAGCACAAGCAACAGUGGAGGUUCAAGUGCCAUUCAGGUCCCAACUUCUUCCAGUCUUUGGAGUUCAGGUUCUACUACUUACCAGGUUUCAGAAUCCAGUUCCUGGGAUUUUGGAAUUGGUACUCCAUCCACAGCAGCUUCAACUGGAGGAUGGAGCAGCACCAAUACUAGUCUUUCUAAAACCAGCCAGGGGCAACCUAUGCAAGGUGCAACAGUAGCCCCUGGUACUGGUGAGAAUCCAGCAAUCACUACAUCCUCAGGAUGGGGAGCUGGAGCCCCUGGAACUCUCCCCCAGGGACAAAACUCAAAUCCGGGAGGGAACAAGCCACAGCAGAGUGCAGUACAAAUACAACAGUCAUUGGCAAGCAGUAUUGGAAACAGCACCAGUGCUCAAGCUAUCACACAGCAACGUUUAAUCACAAGUCAGUCUUCUAUCGGGUCACAGGGCAACAGUGCAUUUCAAAGUAAUUCCAAGUCUCCAGUUGACAACUGGGGAACAGUGGGCUCUGGGGUUGUUGGAAAUGGAAGUGACGCAGGUAAAGGGAACAGUGGCAAUAAUGGACAAGCUCAAUCCAUGGCUAGUGGGUGGGGAACAACAACAGUGGAUACUAAUAAAAGUGCAGCUGAAAAAUGGCCAAUUAGAAAUCCAAGCACAAGUGAAGAUUGGGCUAAUCCAACUGCUCCCGGAUCACAAUGGGGCACCCAAAUAACUCCCUCCAGAGCUGGUCCUGCUCCACAGUGGCCAGGUGCUAACAAUGCUUUGCCAGCUAGUGGACAAAGCCAAAAUCCAGCUAGAUCUCAAACAACAUGGGCCCAGGCAGCUGGAAAAGGCCUUACUACAAUUCCCUCCAACACAAGUCCAAGUGCUACUGCUGCCAGUAAUUCUGAAGUCAGUGAGUAUGACAAAGCUAUUGUAAGCGCCAUUGAAAGCCAUGACGGAUGGGGAAAGAAACCUGUUAAUCAAGAUUCAACAUGGACAGUUGAAACUUCCCCAAAACUCCGACGUAAAGGAUCAACAGCAACUAAUGCAUUGCCAGAAAAGUCCAACACAGUGCCAGCUCCCCAAGGAGCUCAAGCAGCUCAAGGUGGAAAUGGCAACAUGUGGAACAACAAUAAUGGUACAGCUAUUUGGGAAUCUAAUAAAGAACCAGCACAAGCUGGACAAUGGAACAAUAGAGUAGACCCCAACCAGUGGAGUGGAGUUCCAAUGAAACCAAUCACAAAGGACCCAGCUAGUUCUUGGACUGGAGGACAAACCAAAGAAUCACAGGAAUCCAGUCAGUGGGGUUCAAAGACAGAAACAGGAUCAUGGGGAAAUUCUGGAGAGGCCGGUGGAAUUUCAACUUGGGGUGAGGGACAGGCCAGGGGCACAGGAGAAGUUGAUGAUGGUACUGCUGUUUGGGGCAAUCCAGCACCAAAUGCCCAGAAGCCUC